AUGAACUAUUUCCUGCGGCUGGAGCAAAUUUUCCGGCCGAAGGCUUGGGUUUUCCAAUAUCUCCUCGCGCAGCGGAUGAAGUCGACUUCGGCCCACGGAUUCGUUGCCUAUGAAACUCGGCCACCUGUAGACGCGCUCCUUAUCGAUGUUUCUGGCAAUCUUCAUGUCGGAACCAUUCCAACAGCUGGAGCAGUUGAUGCCUUCGAAUCUCUGAUGAAUUCAAGCAUACCUUUUCGAUUGUGCAGUAACACAAGCAAAGAAUCGACCGCAGAUCUCGUGAAGCGACUUGAUGAUAUGGGCUUCAAGGUCACAGAGGCUACACACGCAUUAUCUCGAGCUCCAUUUCGACAAAAGUACGAAGACGAUCAAAGCGUGGGACGUAGGCUCGUUUGGACGAGUAUCGGCGCUGUCGCGCAGGCUGUCAAGAAUAUGGGCCUCAAGGCACCUUAUCUCCUUCUGAACGAUUCUGCUCGCGCUGAGGUAUUGGCUUCCCGCGACUGGGACGAAAUGUCAGACCCUUCAAAUCGCAACUACGACUGUGUGGUCGUUGGAUUAGCCCCAUCUUUUUUCGACUAUGAACAUCUAAACACUGCGUUCCGAAUCUUGAAAGGCGAAAUGCAACCACCGGAUAUCUCCACUUCACAAGCCGAGCGUCGAGAAAACGAAAGAUCCACAGACAAACCGGUUCAAGCCACAACACAGAAAAUUCCGCUUAUUGCAACCCACCGGGCAAAAUACAUUCAGUCGGGCUCUGGUCAGCUCUCAUUAGGACCCGGACCAUUUGUUGCUGCCCUCGAAUGUGCAGCUGGACCUGGUGUGCAGGCUCAUGUUGUAGGAAAGCCGACUCGAGCAUUCUUCAAGAUGGUAAUCGAUGAUUUUGGAUUUGAGGCGAACGGAGAAUGCGUGGAAGAGGGUGUGUUCCGGGCGGGCCAAGGCGGGGACGGCCCUAUUCGGAGAACGAGAAAGGGAAAGAUCGUCGUGAUAGGCGAUGACGUUGAGGCAGAUCUUGGCGGCGGUGCAGUUGAACUGGGCCUUUGGAGAGUGCUUGUGAAAACGGGGAAAUACCGUCCAGGCGACGAGAAUCGAGCAGGGAUCGUACCUCCCGAUGAGGUGUGCGAUUCGUUCGGAGCCUUUGUGAAGAGUCUUCUGCGUGACAGUCGAGAUCGACCUGAACACUCGCGUAUCAGCUAG